GUACACAUCCCAAAUCCUAGAAGAGAACCUCUCAUCUAUUUUCUCCUACGCGAACGAAAGAGGGAAAUAAGGAACAAAAAGGGCUCACACACUAGAAGCUCCCUCCCUCGUGUUCCCUCUCUGUGGCGGCUCCUCCUCCUCACACUCGAGGCUCUCGUGCCGGUUUUCCGAUUCUGGGUUUCUCGCGAGUUUCGAUCUUUUGUCUAGUGUUUCGAUCUGAAAUCGUAGGAUCUACUAGGGUUUGCAGAGUGGAACGAUGGAUAGAACCAUGUUCGCGCCUGCGACGCAGCAACAGCAGCCUCAAAAGCAACCGGCGGGGGCAGCAACUGCUGAGGAAGAAGCCCUUAAGAGGAACACCGAUUGCGUCUACUUUCUCGCGUCUCCUUUAACCUGCAAGAAGGGAAGCGAGUGUGAGUACCGUCACAGUGAAUAUGCGCGUGUCAACCCACGUGAUUGCUAUUACUGGUUAAAUGGCAAUUGUUUGAAUUUCAAAUGUGGCUUUCGACAUCCCCCUUUGGAUGGCUUGUUGGGGAACCAAGGAGGUGCUCCUACUGGUCCUUCACAUGCACAAGCUCCUCUAAGUGCUGGAAAACAAGCAGUUCCUUGUGUUUUCUUUCAAAAGGGUAUGUGCAUAAAAGGAGAUAGAUGUGCUUUUGUGCAUGUGCCCGUCCCAGCUGCUAAUAAAAUGCAGCAGCAGCCCGUGGAAACUGCACCUGCUACUGAACCUCAGUCUUCCAAAAAGCCAUUUCAGAAGGUCACCGAGGUGAAGAAAUUUCCUUCUGCUAAUCUCUCAAAGGCAGUUAAAGCCCACGUUGACAAGGGGGCUACACCGAAAGUCACAGAUGCUGGCUUAGGAGAUAGUAGAAGGGUGGAGAGAUAUGUACCACAUCAUGUGGGCUAUGACUAUGAGACUGUUGGGCAGAAAAAAGCAGUGGGUGUUCCUUUGUUUACUGGCGGAGGCCACUCUACUCCAUUGCUUAAGACACAUGGGUCUGAUGAUAAUAUCAGCUUUCAAAAUGGUAAUGACCCAAAUGAUGUUUUAAGGGAGUCUUCUCCUGGGUUUGACGCUGGAGAGGACUUUGACGUUCUUGUGGAUAAUGAGCUCAGAGACUCCGAGUAUUAUCAUGGUGAUGAUAGAUAUGGUAGAAGAGCUCAGGAUGGUAGGAACUCGGUGAAUGAAUACCAUCCAGAUUUCAAUGCUGUACCUGAUGUUGAUGCAGAAGCAUAUCGUGGGUUUGACCGCUACAAUCACACGCAAGACAGACAGUAUGCUUGGGACCACCACCGGGCUUCCGCUGAGAGAGGAGAUAAUUUGGAAGGAAGGGUUUAUUUGACUGAUGAGAUGCCAGACCACGUCCCAGAAUCUGAUUUAAGACACCGAUUGUCAAAGCAUAGGAGAGGUAAUGGCCCAAGAUCAGAUGUCGGUUGUGAAGAUGCCCCUGACUAUUCAGAACGAGGUUUUGCAGAUUCCCAUAACGACCCGCUGCAAGAGAGUUUCAUUAGCAGCCGUCUUCAAGGUAGAAUUAAGCUUCCUGGGAGAGUCAACAGCGGUGAUGCUCACUUUGAGAGGGGAAUACGGUGGGGAAGGAACAGAAGCCAAUUGUCACCGGGAAGGCAAGGUAGGUUCCAGGAUAGAAUUAGAGGUAGUGUAGAAGAGAACCAUUGCAAUGAUGAGGAAAGAGGCACUCCUUGCCCUCCAUGGAUGAGAAGAAGAGAAAUGGAAGAUGAAAGGAACUCUGAUUUCCCAGCUCCUAAAAGGCUUGCAGAACUGAGGAGCAGGAAAGAGGAAAGUAAGGCGGAACGAUCACAUAGGAAAAGGAAAAGCUCGGAGGAUCAUCGUCGUCAGGAAUCUCAUGAUUCAUUUGUGGCUCCAUUACCUCUGAGUGAAAUUCUCAAGAGAAAAAGAGCAGCUGUGACUGAGAAAAACGGUGUGAUCCAAGAAACAAAACAGGAAGACCGAGAUGCUACCACCAUUGCCAAGGAAGAAGGUGGGCAUGAGCCCAAGCCUGCAGUGGAAGACAAACCGGAGCUUGGUCAUGACCAGUCCUCUGAACCACAACAAACUCAUGAACCCGAGAAGACAGAUGAGGGAACUAUGGCUGAGGAUCAAGCCUAUGAAGGCAUGGCAGAGGACCAAGCCUAUGAGGGUGAUGACCCGAAUGGUGAGUAUUAUUACGAGCAAGGAUAUGAAGAAGAUGGGGAAUACAAUUAUGAAGAAGGUGAGAAUGCAGAAGUGGAGUAUGCAGAAGGAGGAGCGGAUGUGGAAGGAGGGGAAGAAGGAGAAGAAGAUGGUGGCAAUGAGUUUGCAAAGAAGAUAGACGUCAUGUUCUGAUAUAUAACCAAUAAAAAAAAAAGAAGCUUUGGUGUGGUGAAGCUUCUUCCUUGAAGGAGAGAUUGGUCAUUGUGUGCAACGUUGACGGGAACUUCAACGAGUUUUGGAUAUUGGAGACAUUGUUUUCAGUGUGUCUUGUCUUGCAGUUAUGAGAGACGAUGUUCCUGUCGGAAAGAGAGCAAAUAACGCAGCUGUUUUUGUUUUGCUUUUUAUAUUUGUAACAGUAGAAGAAAGUAAUGAAAUGGUGAAAACCUUGAUUUACUCAUA